UUUUAUUUUAUUGAAGUUUCCAUUGAAAAAAAGCAUCGUUUUGCGAAGCUUUUUUUUUUUUCAAACUUUUUUUUUUUUUUUUGACCAGCAUUUUCUUCCCGGUUUCUCUUCCUUUUUUCGGUCGUUCGGGUUUCGUUUGUGAGCUUUGUUUCCGGCUAGGAACACACAACAAAAUCGCCUUCUCAGCAUGCCUCGGAAUUUCAUCAACGCUCUGCUGGGUCGUGGUGACGUCGCAGCGCCUGCUCAGGCACCGACAAACCAAGACCCGGGAACGGACAACAUGGACACGACCGAUGACAGCUUGGCAACGACCCAGCAACAGCAGCAAUCCGCCGGCGGACUUGGCGGUGCUGUUGGUGCCGCUGAUCACAACGAUACUGGAAUGGAUUUGGACAAUGCGAACGAAAACCUGCCAGUCGACGAACAACAGCAACAGCAGCAGCAGCAGCAGCAGCAGCAGCAGCAGGCCGACGACAACGACGAAGACUACGAAGACAUACCGGAUGAUGAGGAUUUUGGACCAGCAGAGGACGAGGAGGCGCCGGCAGAGGCGGCCUUCUCCGAUUCGGACGACGAAGCUGCAGAGCCUGCAGUGGUCGAAUAUGGCUGCAAACACUACAAGCGUCGCUGCAAGCUCUUUGCGCCGUGCUGCAACGAGUACUUUCCGUGCCGCCUCUGCCACAACGAGGUGAAAAACCACGAGCUCGACCGCCACGCUGUGCCGAAGGUGCAAUGCACCGAGUGCAACUUUGAGCAGAGCCCAACGCAAACGUGCGGCCGCUGCAACGUCACCAUGGGUGCGUACUUUUGCGAAAUCUGCCGCUUUUACGACGACGAAGUGCAAAAGAAGCAGUUCCACUGCACUGGCUGCGGCAUCUGUCGCAUUGGUGGUGCGGAAAACUACUUUCACUGCAAGACGUGCGAUUCUUGCUUCAACGUCGAACUCCGCGACAAGCACCGCUGCACCGAAAAGUCCCUUCACCAAAACUGCCCCGUCUGUCUCGAGUUUUUGUUUACUUCGCGAGAAGCAGUGCAAAUGCUCAGUUGCGGACAUCCCAUGCACUUCAAGUGCCUUCGUCGCAUGCUAAAACAAUCAAAGUAUACAUGCCCGAUGUGCAGCAAGUGUGUGGUUGACAUGAAGGCGCAUUGGCAAAUGAUCGAUAUGGAGAUUGCAAACACACCCAUGCCCGAAGAGUACCGUGAUCGAAGGGACCCGAUUUUGUGCAACGACUGCAACACGAAAUCUGUCGCUCCAUUCCACGUCUUUGGCUUGAGGUGUGGCGAUUGCGGCGGAUACAACACUCGUAUAAUCAUGCGCGACGAGAAAUUGCCAGGCGUUGCCCGCCACCAACCACAGCAAGAAGCCAAUUAAUCGCCAUUGCAUGCUGCUGCCUUUUCUGGCUGACCUCUCGUUUUGCCGCUGUAGAGCGCUUUGUUGGGAUUGUUCGUCAUCUCUGCAUGUUUGAAUUUCUCGUCCUUGUUGCUCCAAGCAUUGUUCUCCCCGCUUUUUGUUACUUUUCUUGAAAUCAAAUGUUCAACUUGUUGUUUUUUCCCCAAUUUCCGUUUCUUGUAUCUGUUUACAUUGUCAACAGAAUCAAUCAGCAACACGAGCG